AUGAAAUACUUGAAUCUGAUUUUGUUGGCCUCAUCGGUGGCUUGUCGGUUCAGCGAUGAUUUCUAUCAAAUAUUAGCCAAGGAAAAUGCGCACAAGAACCUCAUUGCAUCGCCGAUUUCCGUGGAGAUUGUCUUAAGCAUGAUGUACAUAGCAGCUGGGGGGAAAACGGCUAAGCAGCUAAGAAACACUCUGCACUUGGCUGAGGAUAAGGAAGAUGUGGCUGACAGCUACAGGGAGUUUUUCAAAAGUCUUCAAGAUCGGGAAAAGUCUGUGACCCUUCAUCUAACAAACCGGAUAUAUGUCAACAGAAAAUAUCGCCUAGUUCCGGACUUUAAUAAGUUAGUGCAAGGGUCCUUCAAGGCCAAAGCCAAGGCGAUCAACAUGGAAAAUCCUAUUAAUGCCUCAUCGAUUGUCAAUGGUUGGGUAGCCAAGCAGACGCGUGGCAAGAUCACGGACAUUGUUGCACCCAGUGACAUGCAUUCCGAUCUUAGCACGAUUCUGGUAAAUGCCAUUUACUUCGAAGGUCACUGGCAACACCAAUUCCAUGAUGAUGAUCAAUCCAACGAGGAGGAUUUCCAUAUAACCAUUGACAAAAUCAUUCCCGUCGAGAUGAUGACCUUCUCUGGACAGCUAAUGGCAGCCAACUUGGAUGACUUAGAUGCCAAGGUGAUAGAGCUACCCUACCGGAAGUCUAACCUUUCGAUGCGCAUCUUCCUGCCCAACAAAAUCGAUGGUCUUAUAAAGUUGGAAGAAAAGCUUUCUGGUUUCUCGAGGGUCCUGCAGAGAACUUCAGUGAAUGUGAAGCUGCCCAAGUUUAAAAUCGAAUUAAGCACUCAGUUAAGUUCAGUUCUUAAGAAGUUAGGCAUUCGCGAAGCCUUUGAAAACUCCGCUGACUUUGAAGGCUUAGUCUCGGGCACGGGCGUCAAGAUUGAUAAAAUCAUACAAAAAGCCUUUUUAAAGGUCGACGAAAGUGGCUCCGAGGCUGCCGCAGCAACAGGAGUACAUAUUCGACGAAAGAGGUCGCUUGAUAACCUUCAGCCGUCCAUGAAUUUCAUAGCAGAUCAUCAAUUCGCUUACGUAAUUCGUGAUCAUAAAACGGUCUUCUUUCAGGGACACAUUGUUGAGCCUCAUUGGUAAUGAUGGUUAAGGGAGUUCUUGAAUAAAAAAUAUCUUAGAUAAGUAUGAUUUAUGUUUUAUGUGCCAUAAAGGGGAACGACCACGGAGGCGUGCUUGGUCCGAGUGCACGUUCAAGAACUCUAAACAGGAGGAACAUUAGUUUGUUGCUCCACACACACGCAUAUCUAUGAUACUUGGGGGGUUCAUGGGGCAUAUGUCAUUUAAAGAAGUUUUUGUAAACAAACAUUUCAUGAGUAUGAGAAUAUAUUAAGCUAUAUUAUUGAAUUUGACAUACCAAAGUGCUUAAUAAUGCUCUUUCCCUUAAACUGCUCUUUGAUAAUCAAACAAUAAUCAUAGGCGUACAGAUUCUUCCUUUACCCUUCUCACACUUGAAAAUCUCAAAGUUUCUAACUUCACAGCUGUGCCCCCAAGGAAGAAUUUCUAAAACCUUUCACCUAUCUUAAUGGGGUCACUCUUACCUUUACACCCCUCU